UGAUUUAGGAUAAAUCUCUCAUGACUACCUUUCAGCAGCUUGGUAUUUAAAUAAAAUCGUAUGUUUAUUUUGUUUUUUUGUGUAGCCCCCUAUGUUUUGAUAGAAGGCCCCCUGUGACUUGUGGAUUUUUUUAAAAACAUUUUUUUUUACUUUGUGUACAGAUUGAAAAUAAAUGUAAAGUAUGAAUGAAUUGCAGAACCUGAAUAAUUAUAAGACAAGAACAAGGAAACAAUACUGCAGUUAACAAGAGAAGGCAUCAGUAUGAUGAAAUGGAAAAGGAUAAGAUGCCAUAUAACACAAAUACAACACCUACUCCGCAAACACUUCCCUACACCACCAUGUCAAAGACAGGUCAUUCUGCAGAUCCAUGGCACAGUACACCAAAACAAAAGCAGAUUUACAAGUCCUCAGAAGGAAAGCCAUCUUCAGCCUCACAGUUAAACUUUGGAAACACAGCUAUAACAAGUACAGCUACUCCUUCUACUGCACAUUCAUGCCAUACACCUACAGGGAUUCAUGCACCUGUCUCUGGUGGUAAACGUGUACAGAAGCCUCUAGCGGACAUAGAGAGCAUGACCAUUCAGAAACAACGCAAGGAGCUGCAGCUGUUGAUUGCGGAGCUGAAAGACAGAGAUAAAGAGUUAAACAAUAUGGUGCUGGCUCACCAGAAACAGCUUGUAGCCUGGGAGGUGGAUCGGCAGAGAGUGCUCACCCUGGAGCAGAGGUGUGCUAGAUUAGAGGGCAAGCUCCAUAACAGAAACGAUAUCAUUCGGGCGCUGACAAAAAAGAUCAAGAUCUUGGAAGCUCAGCAGAAGGAUCGUGAAUCUGCUCUUACAAGCACCCAGGAACAGCUUCAGGAGAUCUUUCACAGGGAACUUGAGGCUUCAAGCCACUGCCAGGAUCUAGUGGAAAAAAACCAAAGUCUCAAUUCUUCUGUAGUAGAAUUAUCAAGCCACGUUGGACAGAUGCAGGCCAGAGAGCAGGAACUCGCUGCCAUGCUGAAGUUAAAGGACAAAGACAUGAUGGAAGCCACUGACCACAUCAUAGACCUCACGACCCGGUUCAAAAAACUGGAAACAGCCCAGAGAGAUGGCAAGCUGGGGGAGGUCAAAGCUAAAAAGGAGACUCAGGAAAUCAAGCAGCGGCUGAGGGAAGUAAAGCAUGAAAUGGGGAAGCUCAAAGAUGAUUUACGUGAAAAGACUGGAGAAAACAACAGUCAAAGGGAAGAUCUUAUCCGUCUGAAACAAGAAAAUCAGCACCUACAUAACGAGCUUGCUUUGGCAGGCGAAAGAGAGAGGAGAAAAGAUGAACUACUGGAGCUGGCCAAAUCUAAAAAAGAACGAACAGAGACCGAGUUAUACUGCCUCCGUCAGGUUUGUGAAAACCAGCAGAAUGACCUGCAGCUACUUCAUCUGAACCUGGAGAGCUCACAGGAGAGACUGCAGGAGCAGGAGAAGAGAAUCCACAGCUCCGGGGAAGGGAGGCUAGACUUUAGUUCUCUUGGUUUGGACUCCCCCAUGGUUUCUGCCUUUCCCUCUCCAGUCAGAAGAGGACAGGGGCAGAGAGGGAGCUCUGUCAUUGGAAAUGACUGUCUCAGGUCAGAGGAUCCUCCAGUGACAGUGACUGCAAACGGAGAGCGAAGACUCAAGUCUGCUGUUGACAAUGAGGAGCCGUGCUCCCCAACCAGCCGUCUCCAGCGAUUGCUGACGGAGUCCAAGCAGAUGGUGGCCAAUCUGGAGCGUGCCACUCUGCAGCCCGUUAGCACGGCACCAAGUCACAACAGCAGCGAGAGCAGCCGGGACAGCGAUUCUCGGGCUAGGAGCAGUGCAUCGGACAGUCUUCUAAACCUGGAAACAUAGCAGCUCUACACUACUGGGGAAGCUCCAGGGAAUUUAAACUGUAAAUAAUGCAGCCCGCAGCUAUCUCCAUGGAACUGAGGCUCACAGCGAGGUUUCCACUUCACCUGGGAAGUCUGGACACACAGUGUGGAUUCAGGAAUACUCGCUGCUUGUGCUGUAAAAUUGAAUUUCUCUCGCUCACAGAGUCUAGAAAAACCCGAGAAUACAAUGCACAGAAUUUCUGCAUUGUAGCAGGAGCUCACUAACUACAACCCCUUAAAACACUAACAAGAAUAUGUCAGUGCAGUUUUGUGAAAAUAACAUUUAGCAACUAAAAUCCGAUAACGUGUAUGCAUUUGUAAAGCCAGGUGCCAUUGAGGUGUGACUAAUUAGUAGCUCUUAUCUGAAAACUUUUUAUAAUGUAAAAAUAAGAGAACCUCUAUACUGUAAUACUUUCCCAGAGCCAUUGGGUUACAAUACCAGACUAAAUGUACAGUUUAACUAUAAACAUGAAAUAGCAAGAAAUGCAUUAUACAAUUCAAUAAUAAACUGAACAAGGGGAUAGUGUUCAAUUGCAAAACUAUGUUUAUAAUAAAGUCUUGACGGUUGUAAAUGUGUUUUAGAAGGUCUAAAGGAUUGAUAACCAAGGCUUUGAAAUCCAUGGUCUCGGUUUACCUUUUGUAUUGCACUGGUAUAAUAGUCAGGCUUUGCAUUUAAAAUAAAACAGUGUUACACAUAAAAUGCUGGUUGACAUACCAUGCUAUUUUAAACAGUUCCUAUAUAAUCAAUUUUACUCUCUUAACAUGGUCACCUUGCACUUCCUUAGAGCAAUGCAGUGUGAACAGCAUAGUGUUCAUUAAAAACCAUUAUCCUUCAGUUUGAGCGAAUACUUUGAACAUUGCGUAAGUGCACUUUUUAAUAUUGAUCGAGUGAAGAGGUAGCAGCAGGGUCUGGAUUAAAUGAAAAUUAUGGCUGCGCCGUAGGUAUUAUAAAGUCUAGGCAUGGCGCUGCUGUAAACUUGCUUGUAUUAUCCUUCCAGUUACUCGCCUGACUUACUGAUAACUGGGCUAAAGUACAAGUCACUGUUUUGGUCUUAAGGACACUUAUUGGCAGCUCACUGCAAGAGCAAUGCCUGCUGAAGUAAAAUGUCACACCAUUUACUUCUUCUCAAGUAUUUGAUAUGUGAAAACUCAAAAAAUACAAUGAUUACUGUGGGCAAGGCUAAUGGGAGAGGACUUGUGACUGCUAUAAAAUAUAUUUUACAACAAAACUACAAUUUCAAAGUGUUAUUAUUAUAUAAUCGGUUAAAAUGUGUUUUAUUAUUAUUAUUAUUAUUAUUAUUAUUAUUAUUAUUAUUCAAUUACCACUUUUAAAGAAACACUUGGAGAAAAUAUCCUUUUGUAAAUAUAUAUAUAUAUAUCUUUCUUUUUUUUAACAAUAUUUUUCUUUUGUUAUCCAAACUGCUGGUAUCUGCAACACAUUUUUGUAUUGAACAA